CAACAUCAUGGCAAACAACAGCGCAGCAACGGUCGACUCGACAGAGCGCGAGACGCUUGCGCAGGAAUGCAUUGACCUCCUUGUACAGCAUGGGUACCACCGCGCAUCCGUCAUUGAGAUCCCGAUCUUCGAGCGUGUCGUUGGGGGGCUCGUGUUUUGCCUCCAGAGCGAAGCGCUGACAACCGUCGACUGCGACAUCUUGUUUCGCCCGGUGGCAACAGUGAAGGAGCGCGUGCGCGUAGCUGAAGCCAUUUGCCACAGCUUCAAUACGGCGCUCAUGUCGUUUGCGACGGCAACCCCGUCGACGCCUUCGAUGAAAGCGCUGACAUUGAGUGUCCACGAGCUCCAAGGCGCCAACUACGCCAAGCUCAAGCUCGUGGUGGCGUGGCUCGUGCAGCACACACAAGUCAAGCUCAACACGCGCAUCCAACAAGCCAUUCUGACGCAGUGGAACGACCUCGGCACGACCUCCAGGGAUUCCAGUGGGCAGCAGCAACGACGACUGCACGUGCCUUGGUAUCGCGUCGCACGGCAGUCGAGAUUUCGACGCGACAUGGCGGCCAAGACGGAGCAGGAGCGCAUUCAACGAUGUUUGCUGGAAUACGGCGAAAAGCUAGCUGAGGCGCCGUCGAUGGCGGCGUCCGAGGAAGCACGUCACGAAGACCAGGGGCCACGAACUCUGCUCAAAGACAUUGCCAAGCAAGCAAUGUUGAUGCAGCAUGAACGCGGCGCCGCGGUUGGCAACAGUGGUGGCGACGUGACGACGGACGACUUUGACCGAUUGUACAAGACAGCUGAACAAGAAGCAAGCGCUGCAGAGCAACGGGCACUUCAAGAGCAGCAGCGCCUCCAGGACGAGCUCUUGCAGCACGCUGCAACGACCCACGGCGAUCAAUGGAGCCACGCUGGCGUCAACACACAGACCCUCCAAGCUGCAUCUCUCGUGUACGGCACCACGUCCGAAGCGAUACGUGAGCAUUUGAGGCAACAAGCUCAAGGCAACCCAGGAUCGACGGCCGAGGCGUUUGGCUGGCUCGCCACCCAGCGAAAGCUGUCGCGGGACCGUGAACAGCUCAUUCAAAAGGCCCGCGCACAAGAAGUGCAACUGGCCGCGGCCAAGACCGCCUUGCAUGAAGUGGAGGAAGCGACGAAGCGCCUCGAGAGCGGCGAAGCCAUGUCGUUGGCGUCGUUUCAAACGCUCGAGCGAAAACAAGAGCAGCUCGAGAUGCGUGAAGCGGGCGUCGUCAACUCGCACGACCUGCUCCAACUUCGGAGCCUUAUCGCGCUCCACACGAACCUCAAGCUCCAGGAAUCACAGUUUAAAGCGGCGUGCGCCGAGCAGUUGGCGGAGUUGCAGAGCCGGCGACAAGCGUUGACGUCGCAAAAUGAUGUGUCGGAUGCCGUCGUGCAGGUGGAGCAGCAACAUGAGCGGGCAACAAGCAAGCGGAACGAGCUCAAGCGAGCAGUGGCCAAGGAAUCCCAGGCGGUCGUGGCCGUCAUGCGUAAAAUCGACGACAUUCCCAGUCGAAGCGAAUUGAUUCAGUACGAGAAGCGGUUUGCCGAGCUCUACGACGAGGUGGCCCUCACGCUUGACGAGACGCGAAAGUACUACUCGAUCUACAACAGCCAAGAAACCACUCUCGAGUUCCUGGACAAGGAGGUCCGUUCGUCGGCGCAGGGCACGUCCGUGCCAUGUCGCGUGAGCUCAUGGGCUUGCCUGAGAUGAUUGUGGGCACGUAGGUGGCCCUCAUCGACAGCAUCAACGAGAACUUUGAAGUCGCCCUCGCGUCGCCCGAUACAACCGACCUCUUUUUUGGUCAAAUGCAUACAAUUAUUGCCAACGUGCAAGAGAAUGUGAAGAAGCAGGAAGCAAACGUCGCCGCGCGUCAGGUGGUCGUCGACACACUGGAUAGCAAGUAUCAACUGCUCGUCGAGAGGCAGCAGGCGUACCUGGCGGCGAUUCGCGAGUUUCAGAAAGAAUGUGAGACGAACGCCAAGCUGACAAACCACAUCGAUACGCUGCGGAUGACGGCUCCAGCCAUGUAGCUGACAGCAAGAGCCGUGGCGGCUGCGCCGCAUGCUCUAGCCACUUGGCGAGAGUGGCAUGCAGAAGUCUGUGCCAUCUAACAACCUCGUCAUGUCCUCUCCCACCUGCUGGCUUGCUCAAGAUGCACCUACAGGUGCAUGGGACCGUGGCAUCCUCGACGUUGGCGACGUACUGUGAUGUGCGAGAACUUGUGGGCUUGGCUCUGCCGAGGCCGUGGACGUGAGCUGCAGCUAAAUUUGUUUUUGUUGCAAG